AUGCGCAUGCACCUCCCCCUUCUCGCUCUGGCGAGUUUGGCGGCGGCCACUUCCCCGGUCGCCCGUGACGGCAAUGCCUUGGCUGUCGACGCUGAGCGCGACCUCUCGAUCCUCCCGGUUCAGGACGUUGACAAGCGCUGGUGCCUCCUUGGCUUUAUCGGUGACUCUUGCUUCACCGCCAAGACGACGGCAAAGACUACCACUACCGCCAAGACCAGCUCCUCGAGCACGGCCAAGCCCAGCUCCUCCAGCACGGCCAAGCCCAGCUCCAGCACGGUCCAGCCUACUUCUUCGGCUGCCCCGUCGUCGGUUGACUCUUCGUCGGCUCCCACCGCUACGGUCUCGAACCCCGCCACAACCGUUGACAACUCGACCGCCACUGCCACUGCCACUGCCACUCCUACUGCCGCCACAACCUCAGCUUACGCUACCACGACCUCGUACUCGUACUCGCAGCCCCCCCUCCCUGCCAGGACUGUCUCGGCUCCUGCAUCGCUCUUCACUGCCUCGGGUGGUGACUACAUCUCGCCGUUUGCUCAGACUCGCGUGUACGACUUUACCAUCGACUAUGCCACCGGUUCGCCUGCGGGAUUCAAGCGCUCGAUGAUGGUUAUCAACGGCCAGUUCCCCGGUCCCCUCAUCGAGGCCAACCAGGGCGACACCAUGCAGAUUACCGUGCACAACAACCUCGACAUUCCCCAGUCGAUCCACUGGCACGGCAUCCGUCAGAACCACUCCAACUACGCCGACGGUGUCCCCGGUAUUGCUCAGUGCCCUAUUCAGCCUGGACACUCGUUCACCUACACCUUCACCCUCGAGUCUGAAAUGGGCACCUACUGGUACCACUCGCACUAUUCAAACACCAUGGCCGACGGCAUUAUGGGCGCGUUCAUCGUCUACUCGAGAAAGGACCCCCUCCAAAAGUUUAUCAACUAUGACUCUGAGCGUGUCAUGUACCUCGUGGAUAUGAUGAACGACCAGUCCGAGACCAUUGUCGACGGCAUCCUGGACGCGACGGUAGGCUACCGUGGUUCGCCCAUUGCCCCCGACCCGGACGCGAUCCUCAUCAACAGUGUUGGCCAGACGGACUGCAGUGAAGCUCAGGCGGGUGUCCCAUGCGUCACCAACUCGCCUGCUGUGGUCAAGGCGGUUAUUGGCCAGAGGGUCCGCUUCCGCAUCCUCAACCCCAGUUCGCACGCCAUGAUCCGUCUUAGCAUUGACAAGCACACCCUCAACAUUGUCGAGGUCGACGACACCCCUGUCAAGACCGUUUCCGUCCACGAGCUCCUCAUUGCCCCUGCCCAGCGCUACUCGAUCAUUGUCAACAUGAACGCCGGCACUGUUGGUAACGCCUUCUGGAUCCGUGCCACGACUGCUUCUUCGUGCAUGAACCCGGACCUCGUUAUCCAGUCCAAGGCCAUUCUCCGCUACACCGACCUCUUGGGCCUCACCUGGUUCGGCACCGGUAUCCCCACCACCUCGGAGUGGGCCGACACCGCUGACCCGUCCACUGCCGCUUGCGAGGACAUGGACCAGCUCCACACCUUUGUGCCGCUUCAGGCCGAGAACGCUCCUGCGACGGCUCUCGAGACCUCCGUCAUGGACUCGUCGUUUGGUCAGUUUGUCAACCGCGCCACCGGCAAGGCCUACAUUGGCUUUGGCUACAAUGGCGUUUCCUACACAAACUACAUCAACAACCCUCUUCUGUCCCAGAUCCAGAAGGGCCUUACCCUUGACCCUACCGUUGUCGCUGCCGUCACUUACACUGCCUUUGGCGGUGUCGACCUGAUCAUCAACAACCUCGACCCGGCAACCCUCUCGCACCCCUUCCACCUCCACGGCCGUCCCUUCUACAUUGUGGCCCGCGGUACCGGCUCCAUCACUGCCGCUGAUGUUGCCAGCCAGAAGCUCACCCUCACCAACCCUCUCCGUCGUGACACCAUCGUCAUCCCCGGCGACCAGUGGGUCAUCCUCCGCAUCAUGACCGACACUCCUGGUGUUUGGCCCCUCCACUGCCACAUUGGUUGGCACCUUGCCGUCGGCAAGCUCGGCGUCGUCGUCAUCCGUCCCGACGAGGUCCGCAAGCAGGCCCAGCCCAGCGCCUGGUCGGGUCUCUGCAGCGGCCUCGACGCCAACGCUAUCGGUCCCGCUCGCCGCACCCUUCCUCCCCAGGCCCGCGCCCACCACGGCGUCCGUGCCGGCCACCACGGUCACGGCAGCCACGCUGCCCGCGUCCUCCCCGUGGAGGUCGAGCAGCGCGACGAAAUGUUCACUGGCGGCGUGCGCGACUUUUCCGCCGUCCCCGAGGGCCUCGAGCGCAAGGAGUUCCGCCAGAACGCGACGCACUGGUGGGUCCCCGAGACGGUGUACCACGGCCUCCUCAACCCCGAGGUCGUUGCCGAGAACGCCCGCGAGAAGCGCUGGCAGCUCGAGACCCGCGCCUUCUUCAUGAACGAGACCGACUGGUGGGUCCCCGGCACCAUCUUCCACGGCAAGGUCGCCCACCCCCUGGCUUCCGGCGAGGCCUACCCCACGCCCACGGCCGCCGUCGCUGGACCGGGCACCGCCAUUGCCGCCGUCGACCUCGACGCGGCCGGCUCGGUCAUCCAGCCCGUCGCGUCGACCUUCGUCCAGUCCGUCCCUGCCACGUUCACCCCUGGCAACUCGGGCAGCUCGGGCGUGUACAUUGACCCCACCACCGCCGUCGUCUCCGCCGCCGCCCGCGCCGCUACCUCGGCGUAG